CGUAAAUUAAAUCUAUAAGCUGCAAUCAAAACAAUCAGAAAUUGUUGCGAAAUUAUUGAAAAUAAAGGCAAAUAAAAAGGCUUAAAGAUGGGUCGCGCCGAGGUGGGUACGCCCAAGUACCUGGCCAACAAGAUGAAGUCGAAGGGCCUGCAGAAACUGCGAUGGUACUGUCAGAUGUGCGAAAAGCAGUGUCGCGACGAGAAUGGCUUUAAGUGCCACACGACGAGCGAAUCUCACCAGCGCCAGUUGCUCCUCUUCGCAGAUUCCCCUGGGAAGUUCUUGCACAGCUUCAGCAAGGAGUUCUCCGACGGCUACAUGGAGCUACUGCGCCGGCGGUUCGGCACCAAGCGGACCAGCGCAAACAAGAUCUACCAGGAGUACAUCGCCCACAAGGAACACAUCCACAUGAACGCCACCAGGUGGUUGACCCUUUCCGACUACGUCAAGUGGCUCGGGAGGACGGGCCAGGUGAUAGCGGACGAAACGGAGAAGGGCUGGUUCGUCUCAUACAUCGACCGCAGUCCGGAGGCCAUGGAGCGCCAGGCGAAGGCCGAUCGGAAGGAGAAGAUGGAGAAGGACGACGAGGAGCGAAUGGCAGACUUCAUCGAACAACAAAUCAAAAAGGCCAAGGCAAAAGACGGAGAGGAGGAUGAGGGCCAGGAGAAGUUCACCGAACUUAAACGCGAGGAGAACGAACCUCUGAGGCUGGACAUUCGUUUGGAGAAAAAGUUUCAGCCCGACACGGUCCUAGGAAAAUCCGCAUUAACAAAACGACCUGCCUCUGAAGUUGACGAAAAGGUCUUUAAAAAGCCCAAAUCCAUUGCUGGAGACAGUCAAACUCGGUCGGCGCUGGACGAGAUAAUCAAGCAGGAGGAGGCCAAAAAGGAGCGCGCCAACCGCAAAGACUACUGGCUGCACAAGAACAUUGUGGUCAAGUUCAUCUCCAAGUCCAUGGGCGAAAAGUUCUUUAAACAGAAAGCGGUUGUCCAGGAAGUCAUUGACAAAUAUCAAGCUAAAAUCAAGUUCUUGGACACAGGGGAAAAGCUCAAAGUGGAUCAGGCCCACUUAGAGACGGUAAUCCCCGCUUUGGAUAAACCUGUUAUGGUUGUUAACGGCGCCUAUCGCGGAUCUGAAGCUUUGCUAAGGAAACUAAACGAACGUAAAUAUUCGGUCAGCGUGGAGAUUUUGCAUGGCCCCCUUAAAGGACGAAUUGUGGAAAAUGUACAGUACGAAGACAUAUCUAAAUUGUCUGGUUAAAACAUUAUAAUUUUAAGAUCUAUAGAUGUACUUUUACUACGCCAAUUAAUAUUAAAUGUUGAGGACUCCGACGUUUGUGAUUAUCGAACUUCUGCACUGGAGGGCUGAGAAAGAACUAAACUAUAAUCUGAUAAUAAUUAGUUCGUAACUUAAACUUGGCCCGCCUAA